AUGCCAAUGUGGUACCAUCUUUUCGUCCAAACUUUCACAAAGGCUGCUUGCGCGUGGUUCGACAGCCUCCCAUCUAGGAGAAUUAAAUCGUGGAUCGAUUUCAGAGAUCAGUUUGUAACCCAUUUCAGCCAGCAAAGACGCUAUCAGCGCGAUACGUCCGUAGUAACAGACAUAUGGCGAAGGGAGAACGAGGGGUUAGAAGAUUUUAUCACUCGGUUCAACAAAGAGUGUUUAGAGAUUGGAGGUGUUAGUGAAGAUUUGAUGCGCGCCCACUUCAAAAAGGCCAUCCGUUGUGACAGUCUGAUCAGGACUAUCACAGGCAAAGACGACAUUCCUAAAGAAUGGGACAAACUCAUGGCAGCAGCAAAGAUCGUUGCUCAGACAGAAGAAUCAUUGGCAGGCGGCAAGAACUCUUAUUCUGAAGAUCGUUUCUCAAGAGGCAACUGGCGCGACAAUAGCAGGCGCAACAAAAACAGAAACCUUGGCUGGAAGGCAGGCCAGUCUAGCGGUUAUGAAGAGAGGCCUCGCUUCAAAGAAGAUGCGUGA